UGUUCCGCAGGGGAAGCUGCUGAUGUACGCUAAAGUGAAGGAGGUGACAUGAUGCGCUCCGUCCCAGCCGCCGCUGUCGCUAUCCUGCUAGCCUGGAUUUACCCCAGCUGUGGGCUGUACUUCCACAUUGGAGAGACAGAGAAAAAAUGCUUCAUUGAGGAAAUUCCCGACGAGACCAUGGUCAUCGGAAAAUACCGGACCCAGCUUUGGGACAAGCAGACCGGUUCCUUCCUCCCCUCCACUCCUGGCCUCGGGAUGCACGUCGAGAUCAAGGAUCCAGACACGAAGAUCAUCCUGUCCCGUCAGUACGGCUCCGAGGGCCGCUUCACGUUCACCUCCCACACUCCUGGAGAGCAUCAGAUCUGCCUGCACUCCAACUCCACCAAGAUGGCUCUGUUCGCUGGAGGGAAGCUGAGAGUCCAUUUGGAGAUCCAGGUCGGAGAACACACCAACAACUACCCUGAAAUCGCAGCGAAAGAUAAGCUGACCGAGCUGCAGCUGCGAGUGCGACAGCUGCUGGACCAGGUGGAGCAGAUCCAGAAGGAGCAGAGCUACCAGAGGUACCGGGAGGAGAGGUUCCGCAUGACGAGCGAGAGCACCAACCAGCGCGUCCUCUGGUGGUCCAUCGCUCAGACCUUCAUCCUCAUCGUCACCGGGAUCUGGCAGAUGAGGCACCUGAAAAGCUUCUUUGAAGCCAAAAAACUGGUUUAGCACGUUCCGGGAGACGAGAGGAACAUGGUGGACUAAAAGGAGGAGCAGACCCGGUCGGCUGCCGAAUCUGGUACCAGUUGAUCCACACACCAGUCCUGGGAAGCUUUCAGGUUUCAUUUCUUAAUGUUUUAGGUUUUCUGCAGAAACCCCGUAUUCCAGCAACAUUUCUACUCAUGUUUAGGUUUUUAUUUUUUUUGGACCACACUGGACAUUUUUUUGUUCUUUUUGUAGGUU